CACGUGUCCCCCCCGGAGUUUGUGUUAUACAACAACCGCGGCAGCAGCAGCAGCAUGUAAGGGGAGAGUACGGGGAGGGGGUGAUCCGCUGCCGGGGUGUGAUGGCCAAGCGCCGGGGUUCCGUGGACUCCAAAGUCGGGGGCAAAAAGCCGAGGAAGCAGCCGGCCAAGAGGAACCGCGGAGGGGAGAGCGGAGGUGCAGCGCGGGGGGAUGGUAAGGGGGAGGCACCUGAAUACGGGAAGGCCCAGAAUAAGAAGAGCAAGGAUGCAGCCCCAGCUGCACGAACCACAAGAAAGGCUGUUAGAGGCGCAGACAAGGCACCUGCCGGGGACGGCGUGCAGAAACCACCUCCUAAAGCCAAGAAAGCAGCCGCCAAACUAGUAAAAACAGAAGACACAGAGAAGGAGAUCGAAGACUUGCUAAGUUUGGAGUCCAUAGCGAUCGUUCCAGAUGCAACCGUUAAAGAUGGCUGCAGUAGCGAAGAGGAUGCGGAGGACAGUGACGAGGAGUGGGAGGACGUGGAAGAGCUCAAUGUGCCGGCAUUGGAGGCGUUACAAGCCACGACAUCUGAUGAUCCGGGUUUACCCACAAAGCCGGUAGAGAUAGAAAUCGAGACAGCGGAGGCGGCGAGGAAACGGAUGAGGAGAGAGAAAAGGAAAGCGGAGUUUGCUGCGUAUAUGCGCAGAAUAAUGAACCGAUUCAGCAAGGAUUUGCGGGACGAUACGCAUAAGGUUCACCUGCUCUGCCUUCUGGCCAGUGGUUUCUACCACAAUGACAUAUGCAACUUGCCCAAUCUCCAGGCUGUGGCGCUGUCUGUGGUUCCCGUCAAGUUUGUCAAUAUUCCAGCCGCUCGUGUGGACGUGAUCUACCUGACAAACCUAGUCAAGUGGUUCAAAACCACAUUUACUUUGAACCCAGAAAUGUCUCUGGAUGAGCGCGAGCUCUUGUCAGCCACUCUAGAGCGGAGAUUUGGGGCUUACGGAGUGCGAGAUGAAGAGGAGAUGAUCCAUAUCUUUCUGAUCCUCCUAAGAGCAUUACAACUCCUGAGUCGCUUGGUUUUUUCCCUGCAGCCCAUCCCCUUGAAGGAGCCAUCCGCCAAGGUAAAACACAGUCCCAGAGAGAAGUCCUUCUCCAAAACCACCAAAAAGUCCCGCAAAUCCCAGAAAUCCCCCAAAGGCAAAUCUAAAAUAGACCCAAAACAGAAGGCAGAGAAAGCGGUGAAGAAAGAAGAGGCCGUUGCAGAGGAAAGUGACGAAGAAGGGAAACUAGCAGAUACAGCUGCGUCCAGGAAAGUAGCCAAUAAGAAGAGUGUUAAGGUAGAGAGUGAUGAGGACACUAAGCGGAGAGCUCGUCCAAAGAACCAGCUUCGGAGAAAGGCGGCCUCAAAAGUUACGUAUAAGGAAGAAAGCGAGAGUUGCAGCGGCAGCAGUGAUUCCGAAUUCACCUACUCGGACAGCGAUUCAGACAAGUCAUUUAACAGAAAAGUGACAAAAGUAUCACCCCUAUUAAAGGGAAACAGAAGAAAGUCUGGCGAGGGAACAGCAAAAAGCCCUGUAGCUCACGGACAGCCUAAAUCAAAGAGCACCCCCAAAAAUGACAAGGUGCAGCCUAAGGGGAGAGGCAAGAUCAUCUCCACGGAUGACGAAGAAGAGGGGAUACUGUCGCCACCUAGUGGUAGCGACCAGUGGGUGGAAGUAUAUUUGGAGAAAGAUGAGCGGUGGGUAUGUGUGGACUGUGUGCGUGGGACAAUUAAUCGGCCUCCGUUGUGCUUUAAGGCUGCCACCAAACCUGUAACUUAUGUGGUGGGGUUUGACAAUUCUGGCUCUGUUAAAGAUGUGACGCAGAGAUAUGAUCCGGGGUGGAUGACCGGGACACGCAAACGCCGCAUUGAUCCAGAGUGGUGGCAGGAGACACUGAGGCCUUACAGGAGCAAGGACCCCAAACAGGAGGAUAAGGAAGAUGUAGAGUUUGAAGCUAAAUUACUGGACCAACCUCUGCCCACGUCAAUCACCGAGCUUAAGAAUCAUCCACUUUAUGCUCUAAAGAGGCACCUGCUGAAAUAUGAGGCCAUCUACCCAGAAUCUGCGGCCAUCCUGGGCUACUGCAGGGGGGAAGCCGUGUAUUCCAGGUCUUGUGUCCACAGCCUCCACUCCAGGGACACAUGGCUCAAAGAGGCGCGCGUGGUGCGGCUCGGGGAGAUGCCGUACAAGAUGGUGAAAGGCCAGUCUAACCGGGCCAGGAAAGCCCGUCUGGCAGAUCCAGAGAAGGACUGCAAUGACCUUGCCCUGUUUGGCCUGUGGCAGACUGAGGACUACCAGCCGCCUGUCGCUGUGGAUGGGAAGGUUCCACGCAAUGAGUUUGGGAAUGUCUAUCUGUUCAGACCUACCAUGCUGCCAAUUGGCUGCGCCCACUUACAAGUGCCCAACCUGCACCGCGUGGCCAGGAAGCUGGACAUCGACUGCGUCAGCGCCAUCACCGGCUUUGACUUUCACUGCGGCUUCUCGCAUCCUGUAACGGAUGGCUAUAUAGUCUGUGAGGAGUAUAAAGACGUCUUGCUGGCCGCCUGGGAAAAUGAACAGGUCGAGAUAGAGCGCAAGCAGAAAGAGAAGCGGGAGAAGCGAGCACUGGGGAACUGGAAACUGCUGAUAAAGGGACUUCUGAUCAGAGAGAGGCUGAAAGCGCGAUAUGGCAAAGAGGGUACGGAGACGCUGAGCUCGGCACUGGGAGAAGGGGGACUGUCAUCCGAUGAGGACGGUCCAGCCAUGGAGACCCCAGCUCAGGACGCCGCUGUAUCCUGGCCCCAAAACCGCCAGGAGGACCAGCAGGGAAGGAAAGCUAAGCAGAAGAGCAGGAGGGAGAAGAGGGGAGAAGAGAAGCACUUAUUUCCAUUCGAAAAGCUGUGACCUUCUCCUGGUCACAGAGGUUACAGGUCCCGGCCCAUCCCUUCCAUCAGCCACUGGCUGCAGAUCCUGCACAACUUCCAAUAACACAAAGCAGGAACAGAAAUUACUUUUGUUGAUAAGAAGAAAAAAAAGUUUUGUACAAAUGUUUUUUCCAUACCGAAGAAAUAAAACUUUCUAUAUAAA